AUGAGGCACCGCGACCUCGGCCUUAAAGCAGGAGAAGGAACGGGGGUCACAAUGUCUCGAGACAGAUCAUCGAAGCGGUUCUACCGCGCUGAAUCCACACACGACCUUUUGUCCUAUAUGGAUAAGGGACAGGCAGCUAGCAAUGAGAAUCGUUGGACUUUCGAAACGGCAUGGGAAGUCGCUAAUAAAGUUGGCGGUAUCUACACGGUGAUCAGGUCAAAAGCGUACGUGUCUACUGAAGAAAUGGGAGAGAAUUACUGUCUGCUUGGGCCCUACAAAGAACACUGCGCUAGGACGGAGGUGGAGGAGGCAGAUUUCCCUCCCAACUCACCCCUGACCACCGCCGUCAAUGCUAUGAGGAGCCAAGGGUAUAAGCUUCACACCGGAACCUGGCUCGUAGAUGGCAACCCUCAGAUCAUAUUAUUCGACAUCGGCUCGGGAGCGUGGCAACUGGACGGGUAUAAGCAGGAGUUGUGGAAUACGUGCGGUAUUGGUAUACCUCACCUGGAUAUCGAAGCCAACGACGCGGUUAUACUUGGGUUCAUGGUUGCUCAGUUUAUAGGGGAGUUCCGCAAAGCAGCGGAGGGCUACAGCGACACUCCGCCCCGCGUCGUCGCCCACUUCCACGAGUGGCAGGCAGGAAUCGGUCUUAUAAUGCUCAGAGCGAGACACGUGGACGUUGCAACAGUGUUCACAACACACGCCACUCUUCUCGGACGAUAUUUGUGCGCUGGCAACACCGACUUCUACAAUAAUCUUGAUAAGUUCUCAGUGGAUGAGGAGGCGGGCAAGCGUCAGAUCUAUCACCGCUACUGCAUGGAACGCGCCGCAGCGCAUAUGACGCAUAUCUUUACCACCGUCUCUGACAUAACCGGAUACGAAGCUGAACAUCUCCUGAAAAGGAAGGCUGACAUCAUAACACCGAACGGACUGAACGUGAAGAAAUUUUCAGCGCUCCACGAGUUUCAGAACUUACACGCUCUCGCCAAGGAUAAAAUCAACGAAUUCGCCCGAGGACACUUUUAUGGCCACUUCAACUUCGAUUUGGACAAGACGUUGUAUUUCUUCAUCGCCGGACGCUACGAGUUCGGCAACAAAGGAGCUGAUAUCUUCAUUGAAGCUUUGGCUAGACUUAAUCAUUACUUGAAGUCAUCAGGCUCAGACAUGACAGUGGUAGCGUUCAUGAUCUUCCCGGCCAAGACAAAUAACUUCAACGUGGAAAGUCUUCGAGGUCACGCCGUCACCAAAGCCCUGAGGGACACCAUCAAUGAUAUCCAACAGAAAAUUGGCAAGAGGAUGUACGAUAUAUGUUUGAGUGGACAUCUCCCCGAUGCGUCGGACCUGCUACAUAAAGAAGAUACGGUGCGCCUAAAGAGGUGUAUCUACAGCUUGCAACGAGAUGGACUCCCUCCUAUUACUACGCAUAAUGUUGUGGAUGAUUGGAGCGAUCCCGUAUUGAACUCUAUCAGGAGAUGUGAACUCUUCAAUACAGUCAACGAUAAAGUUAAGGUUAUUUUCCACCCAGAAUUCUUGACGUCGACUAACCCCUUAUUUGGUUUGGACUAUGAGGAGUUUGUAAGGGGAUGUCAUUUAGGCGUGUUCCCGUCGUAUUACGAGCCGUGGGGCUACACGCCGGCCGAGUGUACAGUCAUGGGAAUACCAAGUAUUACUACAAAUUUAUCAGGUUUCGGCUGCUUCAUGCAAGAACACAUAGCGGACCCAAUGUCGUAUGGAAUAUACGUCGUGGACCGCCGAUACAUAUCCUUAGAGGGUUCCGUACAACAACUUGCUCAGUACAUGUUCGAUUUUACCAAACUGACUCGAAGACAACGUAUUAUCCAGAGAAACAGAACCGAAAGAUUGUCAGACCUUCUCGACUGGAGGAAUUUGGGAAUUUAUUAUCGUCAAGCGCGCGCUGAAGCCUUAAAAAUAGUGUACCCAGACUACGUUGACCAUAUGGAUCAGGAGUUGGGCAAAAGAUUUAACUACCCAAGACCUAUAUCAGAGCCACCCAGCCCUACACAUUCUAGAGGUACAACCCCGGCCGCAUCAGUCCACGGCUCUGAUGAUGAAGACGAGGUCGAUGAGGAACAGGAACUGGCAGAAUUGAGAAUCAGUGAUAAAUAGGUAUAUAAACUGUAAACUAUUAUUAUGUCUUUAAUAAUAGGUAUUUACCUAUGAAAUUGCCGUUCUGCAGUACUGGCCAUUUCAAAUCAAAACAGUUUUUGUUAGGCUAAGGCUAAUUAAUUUUGUUUUAAAAACAUGGGUUUCUUUUUCCAAAAGUAGUCAUUUGUUUAUUGAUUAGUGUUACGCAUUUCAAAUCAAAAAAAUCGUUUAAAUUUUUUCAUGCUAAACGGCAAUUUCAUAUGUAAAGACCUAUUAUAUAAAAUGAUAUCGUGUUGAACACAUAACAUACUUUUACAAUAUGUCUC